UGUGACCUUACCUCUUGGGGUCCUUAUAAUCUGUACAUUGUUGUGUAUUUUUUUCACCUAUACCCUAGAAACCAAAUUUUGGUUUGUGACCUUACCUCUUGGGGUCCUUAUUAUCAGACUUGGGCACAUCCGAGUCCCGACCUUAAAAAACCUGAAUUCAAGGCAUCCCCACCAAACGACCACAUAAGUUGUAACGUAGCAACCAAGUAACCAUACUUGCUAUGAGAAUACGUGGAACUCCAUUAGGUUACUCUCCAAAAGAGCCCUUGAGGAGAAAAGGGAGCAGGGGCUGAUGCAGCCUUUAAGCACUGGGGGGGAAAGGCUCCCAGUCAAAAACCAAAAACUUUUGUUGACUAGCUUAAAUUUUCUAUUUUCACCCUUGUCUUGCAUGGUUUCCUCCCAGUCCCAUAUGGCCAUAUGCUUCCCUCACCCAAGUCCCAUCCAACGUGCCCCCACUCCAUUAAUUUCCUAGAUCUGCCACUGGAACUGGAAGGGAGGUUCCAACAUAUAUUAAGGAGAAUAGUUCCAUGUCUAGCCAAUAUAGGACUCCUAACACACCCCAUCCAACAUAGUCUAGAGGGGGCUAGACGAGUACGGAUUUCCCGGGAGUGUCAAGUCCCUAGGGUGUAGAUUUUGGAUUUGAUACCAUGUGAGAAUAUGUGGAACUUUGCUAGGUUACUCUCCAAAAGAUCCCUUGAAGAGAGGAGAGGCUCUAACAUAUAUAGCGGAGAAAUGGUCAAAGUCUAGCCGAUGUGGGACUCUACACUUGCAGCGAAUUGCACACAUCUUAGAACUUUUGUCUUGACUCAUAUACAAAAACUCUCAACUAGUGACUAGGGCCAUUACUUUGCUUGCAGGUCAUGAUUCUUGAUUUGUGGGCUAUCUGGAUGUAGUUACCUUUGACUUUCUUUGCUUCACAAUGGUGCAUCAUGCAUGUCUGAGUGAAAAGUUCUUUUCUUAGAUCUUAAAUCCAUAACGAUGCAUGUGUUUUAGAGAAAAUUUCCGAUCGUAGAACUCAUUAUAGGGGUCAUAUACACGAAUCCAAGUACUGUUAUGUGCCCGUGCAUUGCCUGCGUCUUUGUGUUCAUUUAUUUAUGUACAGACAAUCACAUGUGCUCAAUAAUGUCUUGACUGAGCUUGUGUACAGGUCUGGUCCAUGAGUAUCCUAAUCAAGAAUUGGGCAUCAUGGUCCAGUGGGGUAGUUAUGAGAAGCUGAAAGGUUCAGAAACAGGUAUCAUGCUUUGUACAAAUAAGUCCUUAACCCCUCCACUAUUGCUUUUACUUUAUAUCCACAAAAGUCUAGUUGAUGAAAAAGGGUAAAAGAAGCUGCUUUUAUUCUUUUGCUAGAAGCCCCCCUUGUGACUGAAUUAUGAGUGGUGCCACACCUUGUCUCCCAUUGUUUUAGCCUAAUCUGGUUCACCAUCUCCAUUAUUGCCAAAUGUUUGGUCUAGUUUUGAUUGAUCUUCAAGGUCUUUUUGGUCAUUUCACUGACCACACACUCUAUCUUCGAAAUUACCCUUAUGCCCACAUCCAACUGACGUGUGCUAUCACUAUUGGUUGAUUAUAGCUAAGCCUACUAUAACAGGAUUGGUGUAUCCAACCAAAGAUUGAAACCUUACCAUCCACCAAAGACAACCACUAGGCAAGACCUCUACCUCUCACCUUUUCUUUUACUCCCUUGGUCCUAUCAGAAUUAAAACAUCUCUUUCUUCACUAAGUUUUCGUUUUAAAGUUAUUUAUAUACUAUUACUUCUUUUAAUGGUGUUUUAGAUAUUUGACAAAUAUUUGGACUUUCCUCGGCACUGACCCUGUGCCAUGAUAUAAACCCACCUCAAGUAGAUGAGAGAUGAUGUGAAGAGAUGAAAGGAAUGAGAGGACGAUUCUUAGGGAAACCGAAAACCAUUUCAGCCAUAACCACUGUGAAACAAGGUCUAGUUUUCCAGGCAAGUACCUUGAGUCAAUACUUCCCAACACCAACAGUCACAAGUGACAUCAAGGAUGAAGAUUACUGUAGAGCCCCCGUAAGCUUGGAAGAUCUGGAGAAGAGUGUAUUGGUUUUGGAAAAGAUCGGAAACCAUUCGUCGUUAUUAGAAUUUGAGGAGAAGUGUCCGCCAGGAGGAAGUGAUUCAGUCAUCCUCUAUACGACAAGCUUGAGAGGUAUACGUAAGACUUUCGAAGAUUGCAACGCUAUUAGGUUUCUGUUAGAGAGCUUCCGGGUUUUGUAUGACGAGAGGGAUGUUUCCAUGCACUUGGAAUUCAGGGAGGAGUUCUGGCGGACAUUAGGCGGCAGGGUGAUCCCUCCAAGGCUGUUCAUCAGAGGAAGACAUAUUGGAGGGGUUGACGAGGUGGUCUGGCUCCAUGAGCAAGGGAAGCUAAAAAACCUCGUGAAUGGGAUACCAAGAAGUCCCACCCGUGGUCCCUGCAAAGGGUGUGGCGGGAUGCGGUUUGUGCUCUGCUUUUCAUGCAACGGCAGUCGGAAGGUUAUGCUGGAGGAAGUAAACAAUAGCGAUGAUUCCCCAUUUCCAGUUAGUUGUGUAGAGUGCAAUGAAAAUGGACUAAUGAAAUGCCCCAUUUGCUUCUAAUUAGGAAAUCUAUGGUGUUAGAACCCGGAAUAUAGGGUCAACUCAACUGUCAAAUAAAUAUCAAGUCUUGGGGCUCUUUCUCAUAGGUCACCAGUUCAGGUAUUUCUCAGGGCCAUCAGGGAGUUAAAAUUGUGCACAAGCUGAUCUGCACAUUCAUGGUUAUUAAAAAAAAUGUGUUUGAAAUGUAUCAGGUGAUUGGAUAAGUGUUCCAAACGCAUCUAAGAAAAGUAGAUGGAAGAUAGACGUAAGUUUUAAAAUCGACAUGUAAAUAUUUGCUGCUGAUUGUGGUAUCAUAUGUUUUAUCAUCUAACGUUUCUAUAUUUUGUUGUGCUUAAGGUUGUCGAUGUAUCAUAAACUUUUUAUCUUUUCUUUCUUAUAAAUAAUAUUUA